UUAGUGAGCACUCGAAAGAAAUUUUGGCUGCUUAUGCAGGUACCAUUGAGUAGAUCCCUCUCCAAGUGUUUGAUCAAAUGAUUCUUAGAGACUCUUGCUUCAUACUCGAGUUGUUGUGCCUGUUUGCUGAGAAGAAAUAUCAUGAUCAAGAUGACUACAUAUUGAGAACUACAUGGAUGAGGAAUGGUAUAAAGCUGGACUUGGUUCUUUUUGAGAAUCAGCUUCCUUUCUCUUUUCUAGAGAAGUUAUAUGCCUUCGCCGAGCCUCGACAUGAGAUUGAGAAUUUACUUGGAAGCUCUCAAGUCCAGACGAUUCCUUAUCCCGACUCAGAAGAAGGUGGUAGUAUCAAUUCUUGUAUUCAUUUCAUUAAAGGGAUUUUAUCAUUUAAAUUUUGUCAUUGUGUCAGAGGUCCGAAGAAUCCUAAUGAAGAUAUCAAUAGUAGUACUAGUAGGAAUAGUACUGACAAUGAUGAUCAUACAUUGUUGAAGAUUACCUAUAAUUUCUUCGCAAAUCUCUGUCCUGGGAUUGGUGCGGGGAAAGAAUUUGAUAGGAAAGAAAUUAAGCAUUUUACUGAUUUGUUCAGACAUUUUUAGCUUUCAAGGGAUUUCAGUGAAGGGCGAAAGCUUGGUAGUCGCUUCAAACAUGAGAAGUACCUCUACAGCGCAACAAAGCUGAACAAAGCCGGUGUUAAGUUUGUUCCCUCGGCAAACAAACAAGCAAGCUUGGUCGAGUUUAACAUUAUAGAGAGGCGCCCCUUGUUUAACAUCAUACCAUUUUUGAAUACUCUGAAAGUUGAGCUUCCUCCAUUCGAGAUACAAGGCAA